UGUAGCUCAUAGGUCGUGAUUCGUUUAUCGUUAUUCGUACAUUUGGAUACAUAAUGGACCAAAGACCUGAGUAUGCCGUAGAAGUAAAAAAUGCUUGCAAAAUUUAUCCUCCAGAUUACAUAGUACUAGAUGGAUUUAAUAUGAAAGUCUCGAGUGGCAGUAUAUAUGGGCUAUUGGGACCUAGCGGCUGUGGAAAAACAACUCUACUGAGUUGUAUCGUCGGUCGUUUGCAUUUAGAUUCCGGAGAGAUAAAACUCAAAGGCAAACACAUUUCCGACAUCGGAUAUAUGCCACAAGAAUUAGCACUUCACAACGAAUUGUCCAUAAAAGAAACGUUUACGUACUAUGGUUAUAUAUUUAAUUUAUCAAAUGAUGUCAUCGAAACAAGAGGCCGAGAAUUAAAGGAGCUCUUGAAAUUGCCAUCGUAUAGUCUAAGUCUAAACGAGAUUAGUGGUGGUCAACAAAGAAGAGUAUCACUUGCAGUAGCAAUGCUUCACGACCCAAAGUUGUUGAUUUUAGACGAACCUACAGUUGGCUUGGAUCCUUUGAUAAGCCAAAGCAUUUGGGAACUUCUAUUGGAUUUGACAUCGAAUGGAGGUAAAACAGUGAUAAUCACCACGCACUAUAUCGAAGAAGCAAAACAGUCACAAAUGAUUGGUCUGAUGAGGAAAGGCACACUACUUUCCGAAGCAACGCCAACAGAACUAUUGACUUCGUGCAAUUGUUCAUAUUUGGAGGAAGCGUUUUUAAAGAUUUGCCAAAACCAAGUAGCUAAGACAAACAGUUUCAAAAUACCAGUAAAACAACCUACGAGAAGGUUUUCUUACGCCCGAGAUUUGCCUCCCCCGCCGCUGUUAAACAACACAUUAUUUACGGUUGGUCGUUUCAAAGCUCAGGUGUGUAAAAACAUUUACCUGCUGAGAAGAAACAUACCGUUUACUCUAUUUGUGAUCUUCUUACCGCUGAUACAAACAGUAUUAUUCAAUAUUGCAUGUGGCCAUGAUCCAAAACAUUUGACUUUGGGUGUAUUAAAUGAAGAGUCUGUGAACAAAAUUGGUACAUGUUCGUUGAUGCAAACGGAAAAUUGUUUUUUGGAUGGAGGCGUGCCGGUCAGUUGUUUAUUACUGGAAAGAUUAAAAGAAAAGACUUUCGAAUUGGUUGAAUAUCCCAGUGCGGAAGACGGCCUGUAUGCAGUGUCGGAAAACAAGGUCUGGGGAUUUCUUCAUUUUUCGAAAAACUUCAGCACUAAUUUAGCAACCCGUUUUAACGAAGGGGGAGAUAUCUCCGACGACAAUAUAUUCGACAUGGGAUCGGUCCAAGCUUGGAUCGACAAUACAAAUAAAUAUAUGUACGACAUGAUUAAAAGAGAUAUUUACGACAGUUACACGGACGUAAUUGAUGGUCUUUUCGGCAAAUGUAAUAUAUCAGAAAGAAUCGGCAACUCGCCAGUCCGGAUCCUCGACCCUGUUUACGGAAACAAAAAUCCAAGUUUCAUACAUUACGCGUCGCCUGCAAUAAUAGCACUAUGUGCAUUUUAUCUUCCUGCGAUAUACACAGGAUCUACGAUUAUUUCUGAAAAAGAAGGAGGUGUCAUCGAAAGAGUAGUCUUAUCAGGAAUGAACUUCAUUGAAAUCGCCUUGGCCCAAGUACUGGUGCAGACGGUAUUUAUUUUCAUUCAAACUACCCUGGUGAUGCUCGUCAUGUUUGUUAUAUUCGACAACCCAUUCGUCGGCGACAUAUUUCCGUCAUUUUUGCUAUUAACGAUGAUUGGAUGCGGUGGAAUGUGUUUCGGUUUUUUCACGGCCAUUAUUUGUAGGACGACGACGGAAGCAGCGUUUUUAGGAAUCGGAACGAAUUUCCUAUUGAAAUUUUUAUGCGGACUUAUGUGGCCCACUGAGGGUAUCCACUACCUGUUGCGCAGCGUUAGCGUCUACAUGCCGCUGACGAUGUCCACCGAAAGUCUGCGGUCGCUGACCGCCAAAGGCCUGGGCCUCCAGCAUCCUUCCGUGUAUCUUGGAUUCAUGUCGAUCUUCUCUUGGAUACUCGUCUUCACACUAGUGUCGUUCAUAAUGCUGAAACUCAAACGUGACGUGUGGACGAAAAGUUAAUGGGCACGUGAUUCACAUAAUAAUAUUAAAAUUUAAAAAAAUACCUACCAAAUAAUUAGGUAUAUCGUAUUUCAUUGUUUUUGUUUUUGUUGAAAACCACCAAUAGACCACGAUCGUACCUAUAAACUAUAAAUAAAUUAAUAUAUUAUAUUUAUUUAUAAUACAUAAGCCAUGUGUAAUAUCUGUA